AUGGGCUCGUCAGCAAAAAAGAAACGAGAGAAGAAGGCCGAUUUCCAAAAACCGAAGCUGAAGGUGGGCAAAGCCAGGCCAAAAAACACCAACGCCACCGACACCAGCUUCUCCUCGAAGUCCAUCAUCCUCAAGCAGCAGAAUCUAAGCGAGUCUGGACGUGACUCCUCUGCGCUUUUCAACCACAACCUGUCCCUACUGAGUAGCAAGAACGAUACGCAACGCCGGGAUGCUUUGCAAUAUCUCACGACUGUCUGCGCCGCUACUACAAAGUCGGACCUGCCACAGCCUGCGUCAGCCAUUGUGGCCAAGGCUCAGUCUUUGAUCUUGGACGGCAGCAAUGGAGUGCGAAGCCAAGUAUUGAAGCUGUUCAAGGCCCUUCCUACGAAUGACUUCGGCCCACUGGAUCAGCUAGUCAUCUACGUUCGCGCAGGCAUGACCCAUCUCUCAAGCGAUAUCCGACUUUCCGCUCUUGACGUACUGGACUGGCUCUUAGUAAGCAAGGGCACGGCAGUGAUGGCUACGCCUGGCGGCUGGGUCAAAAUGCUGCGCACUUUCCAGAACCUCCUAUCAUGGCAAAGUCAGAAUGGCAAAGUAGCCUCUGCGCAAGGUGGCAGCUGGACUGCUACUAAAACCGGUAGCGGCAACCUUGGGAGCAGCAAAUUACUUGUGCAUCAGAUAACUACGCUCUCAACCUUCCUCACGGUUGGUCUCACUUUGCCUGCCGCGGAUCCACACGCCGCCGCAAAACGAGCAUCUAUGUGCUUCCCACUAUACCAGAUGCACGCACAUAUGUUACCAUCACGAAGCAACGCAUUCGGCUAUCUCAACCUUUUUGGCGCGGUUCGGGACCAGGAAAGCGAAGGCUAUGACGAUGCCGAUGAGCGUAUUGCUGUUUUCAACGAGCUAGGUCUGCUCGAUGCCUUCCGUUCUGGAGCGAAGGAGGCGAAACAGGAAGCCGGCGAGGUUGGCCGGGCUGCUAGUAACCUGGAGAAAGCGCUCAAGCUCGCAGACGUCGGAUGA